AUGACGGGUGUAUCAAGGCACCAUCUUACACCGAACGGUACCUAUAUUCACUACUUCUCCUCUGGAAACCUGCAAGGUCGGCUUGCGGUAUUACUACAUGGUCUAGGAGGUUCGACAGAAACUUUUAGAAAGCUUCUUCCGUCUAUACCAUCCGGUUACCGCAUCAUCAGUGUAGAUAUCGAAGGAUUCGGCAAAUCACCACUCAAUACCAACAAAUCACAGUCAUUUGCCCGAUAUGUCUCUGACUUACACGAUCUCAUCGCACAUGUUCAAAAAUAUUCUCCGACCCCAGCAACCACCGGGACGGGAAACAACAGUAGGAGUGAAAGCGCAGCAGUCCUCCUCGUCGGGCACUCGCUUGGAGCCAUCAUCAGCCUCCAUUAUGCAGCGCAGUACCCCAUCGCAGUUACCGGACUACUACUCCUGGGUGUAGGCCGUUCCAUCAAAGGAAUACCACAAGCACAGCAGCGUAUGCGGGGCCUAGCAACGACAGCGCGUCAACAUGGGAUGGAAGCAGUAAGAGAAAUAGCUGUCAAGACGAACUUCCCAACAGAUCGAGAGAACGAGGAAGUGCACGUGCAGGAAUUGACACAGGCCGUUACUUCUUGCUCUCCCGAGGCAUAUGCUGUUACAGCUGAAGUGGUCGCAAGUGAUGAUCAUCAAGACCCGGACUACAGUCUCAUUCAAUGUCCGACAGUUUUGGUAGCUGGUGAUAAGGACAUAAUUAGUCCACCUCAAAGAUCAGUCGAUAUUAGCAAGCUUUUAGGAGGAUCGACGGAAGUGUUCAUCGUGACAAGCGGGCAUCAGAUGGUCUUACAGGACUUGAAGGGCGUACAACAGGCACUUCGCGCAUUGAUUGCGAGGCUGUAG